AUGAGGGGGGGUGCAAUAAGGGUGGGAGGUUAUUUUACAGGGUAAUCACAAGUCCACAUUCAAGAUUCAUUAUAUCAUUUGUAGGUAUUUUGUUGGGCUGAAGUGUUGCUAAGUGGUUGUUAUCUGACUAUCUCCUCUUCCUCCUCCCUCUCCUCCUCCUCCUCUUCCUCCUCCUCCUUCUCCUCCCCCAAUCAGGAGCAUAUGAUCCAGAAUGAGGUAGCCAUCCUGAGGAGGGUGAAACACCCUAACAUUGUUCUGCUGAUCGAGGAGAUGGACACCUACAGCGAGCUCUACCUGGUCAUGGAGUUGGUCAAGGUACGCAACGCUAGGGGGUGUGUGUGUGCGUGUGUGUGUGUGUGCGUGUGUGUGCGUGCGUGCGUGCGUGCGUGCGUGUGUGCGUGUGUGCGUGUGUGCGUGUGUGUGUGCGUGCGUGCGUGCGUGCGUGCGUGCGUGCGUGCGUGCGUGUGUUGAAUUCGAGAUGCCAUUCAAGGAACCCAAGGACACAGUACAAUAAAACACAAAGAAAAAAAGAACAAAGCAAAGAUUGUUUGAACCAUAAACCAGAUUUACUACUGCACUUCCACUGGUGCAGGGCCGGCUCUAGCCUUUAGGUGUCAUGUUAAUAUGAUAUCUGAGUGAGAAUGACUAACAAAAUCAGUGGGGAUCCCCCUGCAGGUCAGGGCUCCUCCUGGAGGUCAGGGCUCCCCCUGGAGGUCAGGGCUCCUCCUGGAGGUCAGGGCUCCCCCUGGAGGUCAGGGCACCUCCUCGGACAUGA